CGUUAACCUUGGAUUUUUUCAUAGCGAAGCGCUGCACGUACGCGCGCAAGUUUCGGAUAGUCGUAGAGCGUCCCCCACUCGGCGCGUCCGAAUUUUCUGCAUUCGAGCCGCACGAAGACUUUUCGGCGGUCGGGUCGCAUUCGCUAUCGAGGCUCCCAACCGCUAGGAGCGAAGCGCGCCACACCGCAACGACGCGAGCGCCGCGACCGCGCGCUGCAAUUAUGCGGAAGUGAACACGGCCGUAGCAGACGACGGUGCUAAUGCUAAACUAACAGUGUACCUCAAGUGUAACGCAGUGAACAGACACUCAGUGAUACAAACAAACUAUGAUAGUGAACAGCUCCAUUGAGCUCUAAUGGUUUUCUAUUAACGAUACAAGGACUGUGGAAUUAUCGACAUGGAAUCGAGGGCAGGUAUUCGAGGCGGCCCGGGCAUGGACUCUCAGCAGCAACAGUACUGUCUGAAAUGGAACAGCUUCGGCUCAAACCUGGCCACGUCCUUCGCGAACCUCUGGAAUUCAGAGAGUCUCGCGGAUGUCACAUUAUACUGCGAAGGUCGCCAAUUCAAAGCCCACAAGGUAAUACUGGCCGCUUGCAGCAAACACUUUCAAGAAUUGUUUGACACUGCACCUCCGAGCCAUGCGGGCGCGUGCUACGUCAUCCUGGAGGCCACAUCUGCGGACAACAUGCAGGCUCUCCUCGAGUUCAUGUACAAAGGAGAGGUGCACGUCAGUCAAGACGCGCUUUCCAGUUUUCUUAAGAGUGGAGAGAAUUUACAAGUCAAAGGCCUAUCAAUGGAAAUGUCCCAAGAUGCUUGGGUGAAACAACAAACGCAGCAGUCAUCAGGGGAUCGUCACCAGACACGUAUAAAGACAAGCCCGGUGUCCGGGUCAGGGAAUUGUGAAGUGCAAGAAUCUGCCCCUCCACAGUCUCACACAGCUACAUUCGCACCCAUUAUACCUCAAUAUGGAAUGCCAUUGCACACUGGUAGCGGCAGUAUGGGUCGGUACGCACCGCCAGCGCAUCUGCCACUGCAUCCCACUUCUCACCGCAGACCGGCGCCUCCAAAACCAUCGCCGUCUCAAAGCCCACACGCUAGAAAUUAUAGGCAAAGUUCGUCAUCUUCACAUUGUGGUAGUGUCGCCGAUGAGCCAGAUACACGGUCAUCACCUGGUGCGGGGCAACGGUACGAGGAAAAUCAAGCAGAUUGUACUUCUACUCUUGGAAAUCCGAUUAAGAAUAAUGGAUACGAACGCAGCGCCUCAGCCAAUGACGAAAUGAUAGAUCGCUUGUCUAGUGAACAGGGUGCCGAAGAUCUACGAGUAAAGAACGAGAACGAUUACCACACAACUGGGUACAACAAUUCCCCGCCACCGCCAGCCUCAAUAUCAACCACGAAUUACCACGAUAAACCGCUCGCAACGUCACCCAUACCGCCCAAACCAAGCCCCGAAAAUAUAUGGCCAGCGAAAAUGAUCACGAGCAAAUCAGGCGGUAUUGCUACUGCUGACGGUAAAAAACUAAAAUGUCCAUAUUGCGAGAGACUCUACGGAUAUGAGACGAACCUGCGAGCUCACAUCAGACAGCGGCAUCAGGGCAUCAGGGUGCCGUGUCCGCACUGCUCGCGCACAUUCACGCGCAACAACACGGUGCGGCGUCACAUCGCGCGUGAACAUCGCCAUCAGGUCACCCCCCACCUUCCCCAAGGCCCUCUCCCAAACCAUACGCAGUAAAAUCCCGCGAAUACGCAAAUAUUCAAUCCUACUUUCAACCAAACUACCUCUGCUCUUUUUGGCCGGCGCGGGCCACUUUUCUACGGAAGAUUCAAAGUUCCAUUUUCAAAUUUUUAACGACAACCGUUUAAAAAUUUAAACAUGGAAGGAACGUGAGUAUUUCCAGUAUUUUGGUGGUGUAUUCACUUGGUAGACUCAUUUGAAAGCAAGUGGCCCUCGCCGCGUCCUGAACUGUAACAUGCGUACAAUAAAUUACCUCGUUGAUAUAAUUAUGUAACCAGUAAUCUACCUCAGAAAUUGAUCUUAAGAUUUUUUAAGGUUUUGAACUUGUGCGAUAAUUGUUACUUAAUUUAAAUAUUCAAGUGUGACUUCGAAUGGUUGCUCAGUGCUCGUCUCUUUCUGGUACUAUGUUUUAAAAAUAUUGUACCUAGUAUUGCACCCUCAUCGCGUUAACGUACCUUAAUUUUUUGCAAAGUUUUAAUAUGUCCAGUUGACUGUGAGAUAAAGUUACCUUGUAUAGACGGUUUGUUUUUAGCUCUCCGUGGAGUAUGACGAUAUAGCUUAUAUUAUAUUACGUGAGCUAGGGAAUCUUAGAAAAGAUGUUGAGACUGAUGGUCAUAGGCUAAGUGUAUGUAAAUAAUAGGAGAAUAUUGUAUAUCGCCUUGGCCUAGGUUGAGACACGCUGAAUUUGCAUUGUGGCAAAUCCUCACAAUACCUCAUGUUUUUACAGUUUUUUUUUAUAUAUUAUAAUUAUAUACAUAUUUCUCGAAACAAUAGAUUAAAUACCAGUUUUAGUUGCAUAAUUAAGCACAUCUGUGAUAGAAUACGAAACAGGCUAUAUAUUUUAAAUAAUUUGCCACAUUGACGUUUUUUUGGGUGAAAUAAGAAGGUGCGGGGAAACAGGAUAUGGAGUUUCAACUGUUUUUUACUGUACAGUGAGUACGAACGGUUUUAAUUUUGUACAAAGUACAACUUUGCCCUAGGUACAUAAGUAGUUAGGUAAACAAAACGUGUUAUUAAAAAUAUUGCAUGUGUGAUUCGAUGCAUGAAUGUGUUAAACAAUCCAUUUCUGUCGUUCGUAACAGGCUCGCCUGCACGGAUGUUACUGUUGUGACCAAAUAAUUAUGUUUCAAUGGGAUGGUGUCGAUAUUAACAUUCCGUUUUAACUUUUUUUUUGUCGUAGCGUAGAAGCCCACUUACUACUUCUAUAUUCCUAGUCAUUUCAAGUGCAACCAGUUGAGAUUUUAAAUGGAAAUAAAUAUUUAAAUAUUAAUGGCCGCCGUCGGUGUCGCUGUAUUAUAUUUUGUUGAGAUGUCGCCGCUGGCGGCCGCGUUGGUACUUGAAGUUAAACACAGCUGCAAUAAAGGUCUUGUUAACACGAAGCGGAUGGGACAGUGCCAAAUAUCCUCAAUUUUAAGUUCACAUCUAUUACUUAUUUAUUAUUAUUAUUUUUUUAAUUCUUUUUUGUUAAGUGUGAAUGUAGCGACUGUGUGUUAUAUUCCUGAUAUUUAGGAAUAGGUUGCAUUCAUAUUUAUUAUUAUAUUUAUAUUUUAGGGUACAUCAAUUGAAUAUAUUUAUGACGAUGCCCUGUAAAGGCUCAGUGACUUUGUUUAUAAAAUAGAUUUUGUUGCCCGUACCAUUUGGAAGACAGCGUUUUAGUUAUCUUUUAAUGGUGACAGGAUUACUCGUUUUUAUUAAUUAUAGAGUUCAGAUUUAUUAUGGACCUUUCGCCUAUUGUCCCUGUAGUAUCAUCGAUGGUGCGCGUUGCCCGCGUUAUUGCGGGCAGCGUGUCAAAUAAAGUGUAAAAUACCUAAUAGACGCUAUACACAAUGUACCUAUUUGUCGAUAUAUAUCAGAGAUAUUUUUUUAAAGACAGGCUAUCUACAUCUAUUUUAUACAGUAUAUUAAAUAUUACCUCAAAGAAAUAUUUCGAUACGAGUUAUUAAAUAAGUAAAUCUGCAUUGAUUUCGAUUCGAGAUUUAGCUUGGGUUUACGGGAAGUUUCUCUAAAAUGGCGGGAGUUCACAGGCGCCAUGCUGUCCUAUCUACUUUUUUAUUUACAGAUUAAUUAUUUUUUCCCCCCAAAAUGCAUGCAUGUGGCACGUCUGUUUGCAGUGUGGGAUUUUCGGAUUAGAAAAAAAAAACCGAAACGUCAUCGAAGCGUACUGAGAGUAAUUAAAAAUAUUGUGUUUUAUUUUUAAAUAAAAAACUGAUAGUGUAAAUAAAAAAAAAUUGAAUUGUUUUCGCGCGGUUUUCAAUUUUCUUUUGUCUGUGACCUCUUUGGAUUCGAUAGGGUGGUUUAUUGUCGUCGAAUUAUUAUCCGAUGUUUCCGACUAACGUGCACUGGUGUGGUUACCGUACAGUUGUCUAUACAGUUAUGUGUAUAACAUGGAUAGAAAUUGGCUUUUUCUAUGAAUAUUGCUUGGAUAGUUUACAUGCAACAUCUAUGAGCGCAGUGCCUUUUAUGUCUAGUUGGAAAUAGUAGGUCGGGAGUGAAUGUUGUUUGAUAAAAAUUCAUUGUUCGUAAAAUUUACGUUGACCGAGUCCGUAAUAAUUGAUUAUUGUAAAAAUAUUAUGUUUCAUAAUUAUUGGCAUUCUUUCUAUAAGUGUAAUUGUUAAGACAAAAUGUUUUGCUAUUUCAAUUUUCGAAUUGUUAACAUUUACGUUUUAUUAUUAUUGAAGAGAAGAAAAAAAAUAAUAAUAAUGAAGAAUUGAAAAUUAUUGUUCUAUAUUUUGUCUUUUCGUUUCUUAUGAAUUAUAAAUUCAUACUUGUGAUUUCUUUUUGACAUUUAAUGUUUAUGUGAUAUGUACCUAAAAGAGAAUUGCGUUAAUGCAUCACAUUUUUAGCUUUUUUUUUUAAUAUACAUAUAUAUAUAUAUAUAUAUAUAUAAAUUUCGGUUAAGUGUAACGAGGCGAUGCCUACGACGAUUAUGAACGAUUAUCGACGACAUAGGUUCGUUGAAAUCAGUGGAUUUGCUUCUUUCUAAAUUUUAUAAGGUACAAAUUUUAGAUUACAUUAACACUCGUCAAUUUAAUAAAUAUGUUUGUGUAGUUGAUUUUCUUUGUAUAAUUGUAAUAUCAGGUGAUGAAAUUGUGUACAAAAAAUAAAUGAAUAAAUAAAUACAGAAUACUUUACAUUGGGAUAUUGAAUAACGUGUCUAAAUUAAGUUGAAACAUUGUUAAAGCUAACUAGCGGACAAGUUAUUAGUAGUCCCUAAUAGUUGUAAUGUAUUUGAUGUGAUAGGUAAAUCACAUUUAGUCGGUGUACUGCAAUUACUACUCCAAAGACUCGGGCCGAUCUCAACUUUUGUGUCGGUAAUUCUGUAAGGAAGGCAAACAUAGAUAUGGAAAAUAUUGGAUCAGACAUAAUACUAAUGAAACCAACUCCAAUGAAGUGAUCUUUGAAGGACGGGCCAAAGACACAGUAAGCAAAUUAUAUUUUACAAACAAAAUUCAUUGUUGCAAUGUUCUCAUUAGUUUUGCUGGAUCAAAACUGUAUUCACGCAUUUUUUUUUUAUGUAUUUUAGAUUAUAGUAUGGGUUUUAAUGAUAGGUCUCUUUUGUUAGUUAAGUUCUUUCUUCUUUAUUUUUUUUUUUAAAUAUCGCGAAAUGUCGUGAUGGUAAAGCCAAAGAUUGUUACGGGUACGGUGACCCUCUGCCGUCACAUGAUGGGCUUUGUGAUGACACCACAUUCCACUAUUGUUUAGUGACAAAAUUACACAAUACAUUUUCGCUGGUCGAGCAUUUGGCAAAAUCGAAAUUUUAAAAUAAAAAAAAAAAAAUGUUGGAAUGUAGUCUCAUGCGUGGCCCUUUAGUAUAUUAUAAGUUUAUCUACCUCGAGGAAUAUAAAUUAGUAAUAAGUAAGCUUAUAGAUUUUUUAUAUGAAGAAAAAAUGGAAAAAAUUUAGUUUGUAAGUGAUAUGUGAAAAAUAAAAAAAAUAAAUUUAAAGUACAAAUAUGCUACCUCAGGAUUCAACUUAGUCACUCGACAACCUAUCUCCUCUGUAGUAUUUUUAAAUAUUCCAAAUAAUUAAAGUUGGACAGAUAUUUAUAGAUAUAAUUCUUUUAAUGCUGGCACUGGAUGUUACGUGGAUCAAUUUUAUAGAAGUGUAAAUAAAUAAUUCUGAGUUGGAAUUUGGUAAUUCUACGAAGCACGUUCAUUUGAAUCUCUGCAAGGUAGUGAGUGCUGUCAACUCAGUUAUCUUGCUGUUGCGAGCCGAGUUGGUCCCGAGAGGAACUGAGUUGAUGGUCCUAAUAAAUAUGUAGUAAGUAAGUGUUAAUUAGGUUAGUUGUAUUAAUCUCAUCGAUGGUACCUCAUCUCAGAGUAUACACAAUCCGAACGAGGUCGGCCCCGAGUCAUCUCUUAACGUAAUCUAAUUGUACCUUCCUUCACUCUCCGGAGUAUAAAAUAUUUUUCUUUUUAUCCAUAAUUUUAUUAUUAUUACUUUUCCCAGUUACUCUUUUGUGUUGCAUAGAUGUUACUAUGUUUUAAGGCGAUAAAAAUCGAAAAUUAUUGUUUGUUAGGUUUCUGAGAAUUAAAAAAAUGUAACAAAAUUA